GUGAACGUCAUCCACACGGCUAACGUCAUGGAACACGCCAGCCACAUUGCUGCCCAGCAGCCCCAAUUUGUGCAGCCUGUCCAUCACUCUUUUGUUGACCUCUCUGGCCACAAUCUCGUAAACCCUCACCCGGGGUUUUCCGUGGUUCCCAGCACCGCCACAGUUGUGAUUGUGGUGUGCAUCAGCUUCCUGGUUUUCAUGAUCAUCCUGGGGGUCUUCCGGAUCCGCGCGGCCCACCAGCGGACGAUGCGGGACCAGGACUCCGGGAAGGAGAACGAGAUGGACUGGGAUGACUCUGCCUUGACCAUCACGGUGAACCCCAUGGAGACCUAUGAGGACCAGCACAGCAGCGAGGAGGAAGAGGAGGAGGAGGAAGAAAGCGAAGACGGGGGCGAGGAAGACGACAUCACCAGCGCCGAAUCGGAGAGCAGCGAGGAGGAAGAGGAGGGGGGCGAGCAGGAGGAGGACCCCCAGCACGCCAACCGGCAGCAGCAGUUGGAAUGGGAUGACUCGACCCUGCCCUACUGA